UUGGCAAGUGUCGGUGCUGGCCGUGGACGCAGCCCGACCCGGGCCGCAUCUGCCGCCGGAGACUUGCUGCCUGGGGUUGGGGACCGAGUGCGGUGGUUGCCUUGACGACAGCAUGCUGCCCGCGGUCCCUCCAGGUGUGAAUUGGCAGAGGACCGAGGCCCACCUGCCUCCCUGCCUGCCUCCCCCAGGACCCGUAACUGUGUCCGCGGAAGAAGUCGCGACAGCGCUGGACUUGCUGGCUUGCUAGUCGGCAUCUUGGAGGCCUGCGAGGGGCAUGCAUUUCACCUGAAAUUUGCUUCCAAGUUGAAAACCCUUGGGCUUUCCACGCGAAAGGAUUUGAAGAAACACAAAAAAAGUUUCUACUGGUUUUAAAUUAAAAUGGAAAAAUAUGAGAACUUAGGAUUGGUUGGAGAAGGGAGUUAUGGAAUGGUGAUGAAGUGUAGGAAUAAAGAUAGUGGAAGAAUUGUGGCCAUCAAGAAGUUCUUAGAAAGUGAUGAUGACAAAAUGGUUAAAAAAAUUGCAAUGCGAGAAAUCAAGUUACUAAAGCAACUAAGACAUGAAAAUUUGGUGAAUCUGCUGGAAGUGUGUAAGAAAAAAAAACGAUGGUACUUAGUCUUUGAAUUUGUUGACCACACAAUUCUUGAUGACUUGGAGCUCUUUCCAAAUGGACUAGAAUACGAAGUUGUUCAAAAGCAUUUGUUUCAGAUCAUUAAUGGAAUUGGAUUUUGUCACAGUCACAAUAUUAUACACAGAGAUAUAAAGCCCGAGAAUAUAUUAGUCUCCCAGUCUGGUGUUGUCAAGUUAUGUGAUUUUGGAUUUGCACGAACUUUGGCAGCUCCUGGGGAGGCUUAUACCGAUUAUGUGGCGACCCGAUGGUACAGAGCUCCAGAACUACUGGUUGGUGAUGUCAAGUAUGGCAAGGCUGUUGAUGUGUGGGCCAUUGGUUGCCUAGUAACUGAAAUGCUCAUGGGGGAACCCCUAUUUCCUGGAGAUUCUGAUAUUGACCAGCUGUAUCAUAUUAUGAUGUGUUUAGGUAAUCUAAUUCCAAGACAUCAGGAGCUGUUCUAUAAAAAUCCUGUAUUUGCUGGAGUGAGGUUGCCUGACAUCAAGGCAAGAGAACCUCUUGAAAGACGCUACCCUAAGCUCUCCGAAGUGGUGAUAGAUUUAGCAAAGAAAUGCUUACAUACUGACCCGGAUAAAAGGCCCUUCUGUGCUGAGCUCCUACACCAUGAUUUCUUUCAAAUGGAUGGAUUUGCUGAGAGGUUUUCUCAGGAACUACAGUUAAAAGUACAGAAAGAUGCCAGAAAUAUUUCUUUAUCUAAAAAAUCCCAAAACAGAAAGAAAGAGAAGGAAAAAGAUGAUUCCUUAGGUGAAGAAAGAAAAACAUUUGUGGUUCAGGAUACCAAUGCAGAUUCCAAAAUUAAGGAUUGUAAACUAUUUAAAAUCAAAGGGUCAAGAAUUGAUGAAGAAAAAGUUGCAAAAGUCAACAGAAUUUCAAAUGCCAGUCGUCUACAUGACAAUGGGACAGGCCACGUCAAGACAGUUCCCUCCACAAGCCUCCGAGACUGCAGCAGUGUCAGUGUGGCUCACGCAAGGUAUCCUGGCAUGGUGAUUCCCCCACUCACGCACAAUCUUUCUGCAGCUGCUCCUGGUGUUAAUUCUGGAAUGGGGACUAUACCAGUUCAGAAUUACAGAGUGGAUGAGAAAACUAAGAAGUAUUCUAUUCCAUUUGUUAAAUCGAACAAACUUUCCCCACCAGGCGUUUAUAAUAUGAAUGUGGCCACAUCAGUCUCUAGUGAAAAGAACCUCCUUCAGGCAGAUAAGAAAAGAAGGGAAUUCUCCAAGACAGGUGUCCAUUUGCCUGAGCUAAACCACAACCAUCUCCCUGAACUACGAACCUUGGAAGGUAUAGCUCGAAAUUCCAGGCUAAUAAGGAAAGAGAGCAAAAUUCUUUCAGAAUCUCGAAUUCCUUCUCUGGCUGCUAUUGACCUGCAUACCCCCAGUAUUGCAUUACAUCAGGUAUCAGGAUCUCCACUGUCAGAUGAUUCAGAAGUUGACUUGCCUUGAAUGGAACAUCAGCACUGAGGAUCUGGACUGGAUGCCACUCUAGCAAUUGUGAAGACAUCCUCUUGCAACAAGAGUGCUGAUAUCCCAGGAGGAGAGAGUCGUGUUUUUGAUUGUUUCCUUCUGAACUGCCUGCAUUUUCGGAGAAAGACCUAGCAGGAGAAUGAAAGACAAAGACUUUCAAAUGUUUUAAAGAAGUUUGAACAAGUGUCUCUCCCCAACAGUUAUGCCGUCACCUUUCAAGUCCACUGAUGCUAUUACAAGAUAUAUCCAGUGAAAGAAUAGUGAUAUGGUUCUUGCUACAUGAAUGUGUAUUUACUGUUAGUAGAUUGUGUAUUUAAAGUUACUCAAGAUUAAAAGUGUGUAUAAGAUGAGAGAGAGAAACAUUAUAAAAUGUCAAGUUAUUUAUGCAUUGAACUUUGUGUUAUCUGUAUACAUAUGUAUAUUUAUUUAGGAAUAGGACUGAUGGGUGUAGGUGUUUAAAAACUAGGAUCAGCUGAGGAAAAUGAAAAAAAAAAUGAGUAGCAUUAAGAGAAAAUGUUUCCUUUACUGUGACUUAGCUGUAAAAAUACACUUAAAAGUCUUGCUUGUUUUAGGCAUUAAGGAGAUAUGUUACUGCUCUCCAUGGAUAGACGUACAUAUUUGGUUUCUGUGAGUAUUGCUGAUGUAUGACUGAGAUGUUGAGUGUGUCAUGGAACUCUGGCCUCUCUGCUUGUCUUCUGAGAACCACACUAAUGUGAACCUGGUAGAGAAACCUUUUCUUUCUACUGACUUAGUACAACCCUGGCACUAUAUGGUCCUCUGUGUGGUGUGAUUCUGGUGCCAAUGUUCCUUUGUGAAGGAACGUAACUGGAAUGAGAGUGAGGAAGGAUAAUUUUGUAGAUAUGCCUUGGAGUUGAGUGCUGGGCUUCUCAUUGAAAAAACUGGUAUCCACAAAAUUAGGAUAUGGCAAGCAGGACUGCCUGUGGAUCAAGGUUCUCCUGGGAGCCAGUAGCUGUUGGGCCACCCAGCUGGGGGCUUUGGGGAAGGUCUGUCCAUUACUGUGAACUCCACUCUUGUUCACUGGUAGUUUAGGGGUGCCAUUAGACAAAACAGCUCUCUUUUUUUCCUUCAAACACUUA